CCUUUUUAAAGUAAAUAAGGUUAUAAAUAAGGUGAAAAGGAGACUGGAGUGCCACUUUAAGAGUAGUCCCUGUACUGGCUAGUCCGGUUAGUCCCCACCCAAACACAAGCGUACCGUGUAUGCCUGAAAAUGGAAACCGAUUGGUGGAAACCAGAGGACAGAGGCUGCUGUAGUGUACCUGGGCUUACUGCUUGCGGGGCUGAAUAAUUAUUGGACUAGGCUACACGCGAAAUCAGAUCACGUUUCUCCCAAAUACUUGGAAGAAAGAAGUAGCCAACUAAAGUCGGGAGGCAGUCGAUCCAAAUGUUUUGUCCAUAAACUUUUUUGAACGUUUCCUAUUGUUAAGAAUGAACAACUACACUGCACAAAAGAUCCAUUGAUUAUAGGACAAGGGCUGCUCCGCUGCCAUUCUACUGAGAAGGUAUCACGUCGCCAUGACGGAGAAGGGCAUGCCUUCCUUGGCUGUGACCAAGGCUGCUCUGUCCUCGGGCUCAGAGAAGGGAGGAGGUGGAAUUGGAGAGGGACAGCCUGAUGCCAGUAGUACCUACUCUGAUCUAUCGGCACUGGCCAACCUGUUUGAGAGUGAGGAGGGCUCCCAGUCAACUCCGGACCUGCCCCAGGACCCUGCUCAGAAUCUAGCCCGACCAGGCCAGCUGCAGCCAGGGGACGGCCGACAGAACCUCCGCAUGAAGUUCCACGGUGCCUUUAAGAAGGGAAUCUCCAACCCCAUGGACUUGCUGGAGUCUACCAUCUAUGAGUCACCCGUGGUGACUGGCCCCAAGAAAGCCCCCAUGGACUCACUCUAUGACUAUGGUACCUACAGUCACACCAACAACAAGAAGCAAGGCAGGAAGAAGCUCCUACGAGGUAAGACUGAGAUGUCCUGCGAUGAAGGUGUGGACCCUACAGGCUCAGAUCCACCCAUGGUGAUUAAAGAGUUCAACCGCACGCUGCUCUUCGAUGGCGUGUCACAGGCCGACCCAGAGGCCCUUUCAGGCCUGCUGGAGUACCUGCAGGGUCACGACAAGAGGCUCACCGACGAGGAGUUCAAAGAACCUUCUACAGGUAAGACGUGCCUGCCUAAAGCCCUUCUGAACCUGUACAACGGUCAGAAUGACACCAUCCCUCUGCUGAUGAAUAUCGCAGAACAGACGGUCAACCUCCAUGAUUUCAUCAACACACCCUUCAGAGAUGUCUACUACAGAGGCCAGACGGCGCUCCACAUCGCCAUCGAGAGGCGCUGUAAGCAGUAUGUGGAGCUGCUGGUGGAGAAAGGGGCAGAUGUCCACGCCCAGGCCCGCGGACGCUUCUUCCAACCCAGGGACGAGGGGGGCUACUUCUACUUUGGCGAGCUGCCUCUGUCGCUGGCAGCGUGCACCAACCAGCCAAACAUGGUACACUACCUGACCGAGAACGCCCACAAGAAAGCCGACCUUAGACGGCAGGACUCACGCGGCAAUACUGUGCUGCACGCCCUGGUGCACAUCGCCGACAACACUCGGGACAACACCCGCUUCCUCACUAAGAUGUAUGACCUGCUGCUGACCAAGUGUGCCAAGCUCUACCCAGAAGGCAGUCUUGAGGACGUGCUCAACAACGACGGCAUGUCGCCCCUCAUGAUGGCGGCCAAACUGGGAAAAAUUGGGGUUUUCCAGCACAUAAUUCGCAGGGAGAUCAAGAACGAGGAGGCGCGUCACCUCUCUCGGAAGUUUAAGGACUGGGCGUACGGCCCCGUGUACUCCUCCCUGUACGACCUCUCUUCCCUGGACACCUGUGGAGAGGAGGUGUCGGUGCUAGAGAUCCUGGUCUACAACAGCCGCAUUGAGAAUCGCCAUGAGAUGCUGGCUGUGGAGCCCAUCAAUGAGCUGCUGAGAGCCAAGUGGCAGAAGUUUGCUGCCGUCACCUUCUACAUCAGUGUUGUGUCCUACCUGUUGACCAUGAUCAUCUUCACCCUGGUGGCCUACUACCGCCCAUCCCAGGGAACGCCUCCGUACCCCUAUACCACCAACACAGACUACCUGCGUAUGGUAGGGGAGAUUGUCACCCUGUGCUCUGGAGUCUUUUUCUUCCUCACCAAUAUUAAGGACCUCUUACUGAAGAAAUGCCCUGCGGUGAACUCAGUAUUUGUCAAUGGAUCUUUUCAACUGCUCUACUUCAUCUACUCUUUGCUGGUGAUAGUGACUGCAGCCCUCUACCUGUCGGGUAUCGAGGCCUAUGUGGCUGUGAUGGUGUUUGCGUUGGUCCUGGGCUGGAUGAACACUCUCUACUUCACCAGAGGCCUGAAGCUCACCGGCACCUACAGCAUCAUGAUACAGAAGAUUCUCUUCAAAGAUUUGUUCCGGUUUCUGCUGGUCUAUCUGCUCUUCAUGAUUGGAUACGCGUCAGCUCUAGUGUCCCUGCUGACAGUGUGCCCAGGGCCGGAAGAAGUGUGUCCAGAGAAAGGUGGCUGCCCCACAUACCCCCAGUGCCGGGACACAAACACCUUCAGCAAAUUCCUGUUGGACCUGUUCAAACUGACCAUUGGGAUGGGCGAUCUGGACAUGGUCAGCAGGACUCAGUACCCGGCUGUCUUCCUCAUCCUGCUGGUCACCUACAUCAUACUCAGCUUUGUUCUACUGCUCAACAUGUUGAUCGCUCUGAUGGGAGAGACGGUGAGCCAGGUGUCCAAGGAGAGCAAGAAGAUCUGGAAGCUGCAGUGGGCUACGACCAUCCUGGACAUCGAACGCUCCUUCCCUGUGUGUCUGCGGAAGUCCUUUCGGUCUGGGGAGAUGGUGACUGUGGGGAAGAACUGGGACGGCACCCCUGACUGCCGCUGGUGCUUCAGGGUGGAUGAGGUCAACUGGUGCCACUGGAAUCAGAACCUGGCCAUAAUCAACGAAGACCCGGGCAAGAACGUAACAGAGACCCUCCAAACCUCCAGUACAGUUCAUCAAACUGUCCGUGGCCUGAGGAGAGAUCGUUGGUCCACGAUGGUGCCGCGGGCUAUGGAGCAGAAUAAAAGGCAGCAACCACGGGAUCUAGUAUUGGAAAUGGAGCCACUGACCUCCAGACAUUGAACCUGUGCAGGGCCAAUGGGGGGCCCCGGGUCCUAAAGAACACCCUGCAGAUCGGAGGUCAUCAUACUCAAACGGACAAAGUGUUGGGCCACAAAGUUUGCCACUUUGCACAAAACUCUGUUGCCAAAAAUAUGUAUUUAAGUAUUAUAAGAAAAUUGAACAGAUUUUUAGAACGUUAUGAAUCUAACAUAUGUUCAAGCCAACCAUUCAUUGCUCUAAAUAGGAUUCUACUUGAUGGUAUUAACCCAGGGGGAAGGUGCAUCUUUACCUGGUCGCUGGUUCGAAUCCCCGAGUUGACUAGAUGAAAAAUCUGUUAAUGUGCCUUGAGCUAGGCACCUGUAUGUACAGUUGAAGUUGGAAGUUUACAUACACCUUAGCCAAAUACAUUUAAACUCAGUGUUUCACAAUUCCUGACAUUUAAUCCUCGUAAAAAUUCCCUGUCUUAGGUCAGUUAGG